AUGACAACUGGAACUACUAAAGCUAUUAUUCUUGUUGGUGGUGACACUCGUGGUACCAGAUUCAGACCCUUAUCAUUAGAUGUUCCCAAACCUUUAUUUCCAAUCGCUGGCAAGCCAUUACUAGCUCAUAUCAUCGAGUCAUUGUCCGAACUUCCAUCCUUAAAGGAAAUAUUUUUAAUUGGGUUUUAUGAAGAAUCUAUUUUCAAGGAUUUUCUAUCUGAAAUUAAGAGAUCCUAUCCAAAUAUAAUUAUCAAAUACCUUAGAGAAUAUAAGGCAAUGGGUACAGCUGGUGGUUUAUUUCAUUUUAGAGACGAAAUUAAAAGAAAUUCUCCUGAUAAUUUUUUUGUUAUCCAUGCUGAUAUCAUUUGUAAUUUCCCAUUUAAAGAAAUUUUGGAAUUCUAUAAUGACAAAAAUAACUACUAUAACGAUUUAGACUGUAAAACUGUUAUUAUGGGUAUUUCAAAAUUACCUCAAAAUAAUGAGAAAUCUGCUGAAAAUUUCGGUACUAUCGUCUCCGAUUUGGAUGAUAAAGUUGUUCAUUAUGUUGAAAAACCUGAAUCAAAAGUUUCAAAUUUAAUUAAUGGUGGUAUUUAUCUAUUUGAUAGUAAAUACAUUAUCAAUAAAAUUGCAAAACAAAAAUUGAAAAAAGAAGUUCUCAGUAAUGAUGAUUAUCAUGCAGAAUUUGUUGAUUCAGAUGUUGUUUCUUUAGAACAUGAUAUUCUUUCAAAUCUACCCGAUGAUGAAUCCUUUUUUGUUUAUAAAACAAAAUCUUAUUGGAGACAAGUUAAAAAUCCCGGAAGUGCUUUAAUCGCUAAUGAAUUGCGUUUACAAGACGCUUAUCAAAAGCAAAAAUCCUUCAAGACUAUUCCAAGUUCUUCAAAUAUCAUUCAACCAGUUUUCAUUGAUCCUUCUACAGUUGUUUCAAAAACUGCUAAAAUUGGUCCAUUUGUUUCAAUUGGUCCAAACACUUUUAUCGCAGAUGGUGUUAGAAUUAAAAAUUCAAUCAUUUUAGAUGGUGUUAACGUUAAGCCAAAUGCCUGUAUUUUAAAUUCAAUCAUUUCAAAUAAUUCAACCAUAGGUAAAUGGGCAAGAAUCGAAGGUACAAAAAUUCAUGUCGAUGAUCUAUUAACUUAUAUUGAACAAAAUGGUGUCAAAUUUAAUAAAGCUUGUAUUUUAAGUAGUGACAGUCACGUUAAUGAUGAUAUUUAUGUUAAAAACUGUGUUGUCUUGCCAAACAAAUCGAUUAAGUCUGAUGUUAAAUAUGAGGUGGUUAUGUAA